AUGGAUAAUUGGCUCAAACGAAAAAUAUCUCAUGAAGAUCUUGACCAAAAUCCUGGGCCAUCAACGUCUCAAAAUAUAAGUAGGCCUGAUUCUAAUAACUGUCCGUCCGAAUGUAAAAAUAAAAACCCUGAAAAAGUGGCACAGGGUGUAAAUAAAAAAAGGAAGUAUGACGAAUCUUACUUAAAAUUUGGAUUUACUUGGACGGGAAGUUCAGACGAGCCUUCUCCACAAUGCGUGGUUUUUUCAGAAAUAUUAUCCAAAAACUCUAUGAAACCUUCUCUUUUGAAACGCCAUUUUGAAAGUAAA